GGGCCGGGCCUGGCCGCGAGGAGCCUCCGCGCCGCCAGCAGAUCAUCCACAGCGGCCACUUCAUGGUGUCGUCGCCGCACCGCGAGCACCCGCCCAAGAAGGGCUACGAUUUCGACACGGUCAACAAGCAGACGUGCCAGACCUACAGCUUCGGCAAGACCAGCUCUUGCCACCUGUCCAUCGACGCCUCGCUCACCAAACUCUUCGAGUGCAUGACCCUGGCCUACAGUGGGAAGUUGGUGUCUCCAAAGUGGAAGAAUUUCAAGGGCCUAAAGCUCCAGUGGAGAGACAAGAUCCGGCUCAAUAAUGCCAUCUGGCGGGCAUGGUACAUGCAGUAUUUGGAGAAGCGCAAGAACCCCGUGUGCCACUUCGUCACCCCACUAGAUGGCUCUGUUGAAGUAGAUGAGCAUCGCAGGCCAGAGGCCAUCACCACAGAAGGGAAGUACUGGAAAAGCCGCAUUGAGAUCGUGAUCCGGGAAUAUCACAAGUGGAGAACUUACUUCAAGAAAAGGCUGCAGCAGCACAAGGAUGAGGACCUUUCCAGCCUGGCCCAGGAUGAUGACAUCCUUUAUUGGCACAAACGUGGGGACGGAUGGAAGACCCCAGUGCCCAUGGAGGAGGACCCGCUGCUGGACACGGACAUGCUCAUGUCAGAAUUCAGCGACACCCUCUUCUCCACGCUGUCCUCUCACCAGCCAGUGGCCUGGCCCAACCCCCGGGAAAUAGCCCAUCUGGGAAAUGCAGACAUGAUCCAGCCAGGGCUCAUCCCUCUGCAGCCCAACCUGGACUUCAUGGACACAUUUGAACCUUUCCAGGAGUUACCUCAGGGGGGAACGCCCUCUGGCCAUGGCAUUCCUCUGGACCUCUUCUCUUCCAGCCGCUCCAUUUUUGGUUCCGCGCUGCCCGCUCCCGUCUCAGCAUCUGCACCAGAUCCCAACAGCCCACCUGCUCAGGAGAGCGUCCUGCCAGCCCCUGCUCUCCCUGCUGUGAACCUCCCUGAUGGCCUCAUUUCGCCUCCUGGGGCCACCACCCUAGACCCUACGGAGAGGCAGGGCUGUGAUCGAGCUCCCCGGCCUGGAGACCCCUUUAUCCAGCCCACAGACUUCGGUCCCUCUGCACCGCCGCUGAGUGUCCCCCAGCCUUUCCUCCCAGUGUUCACCAUGCCCUUGCUGUCUCCCAGCCCUGCCCCGGCGCCUGCUUCCCCUGCUCUGCCCUUAGCCCCACCCCUUGCCACUGCUUUGAGCCCCCUGGCUCCACCCGCCUUCCUGCAGCCCAAGUUUGCUGGAACCAGCAAGUCUCCCUCCGUCAUCACGCACACGGCCUCCGCCACCCUCACCCACGAUGCGUCUGCCACCACCUUCAGCCAGAGCCAGGGCCUUGUCAUCACAACCCACCAUCCCACGCCCUCGGUGUCCCCCUGUGGCCUGGCACUGCAUCCGGUCACCCGGCCGCCAACCGCUGGGCCUUCUCAACCCUGUUUAACUUUUGUGCAACCUAAACCAGUCUCCUUGACUGGAGGGAGGCCCAAGCAGCCCCCCAAAAUAGUGCCUGCUCCCAAACCAGAGCCUGUGUCCUUGGUAUUGAAGAAUGCUUGCAUCGCCUCAGCUGCCUUUUCAGGACAGCCACAAGCAGUGAUUAUGACAUCGGGCCCUCUGAAGAGAGAAGGGAUGUUGGCUUCUACCGUGUCCCAGUCCAAUGUGGUCCUCACGCCUGCCGCCAUUGCCCGGGCUCCUGGAGUCACGGAGUUCCACAGUAGCAUCCUGGUGACAGACCUUGGCCAUCCCACGAGCACCCAGCCAGCUCCUGUCUCUCGGCUCUUCUCCCCAAGCACAGUGCAGGAGUCCCUGGUGAAGGGGGAGCAAGCCUCUGCAGCGGGUUCCAGUCGAGAUUGCCCAAACUCAGGGCAGGCCUCUCCAUGUGCUUCCGAGCAGAGCCCCAGCCCCCAGUCUCCCCAGAACAACUGCUCAGGGAAAUCUGCAGACCCCAAAAAUGUGGCUGCUUUAAAGCAGAACCGGCAAAUGAAACAUAUUUCAGCUGAGCAGAAAAGGCGCUUCAACAUCAAGAUGGGCUUUGACACCCUUAACAGUUUGAUCUCUAAUAAUUCCAAGCUGACCAGCCAUGCCAUCACGCUGCAGAAGACUGUGGAGUACAUCACCAAGCUGCAGCAGGAGCGGAGCCAGAUGCAGGAGGAGGCCCGGCGGCUGCGGGAGGAGAUCGAGGAGCUCAACGCCACCAUCAUCUCCUGCCAGCAGCUGCUCCCCGCCACAGGGGUCCCCGUCACCCGGCGCCAGUUCGAUCACAUGAGAGACAUGUUUGACGAGUAUGUGAAAAGCCGGACCCUGCAGAAUUGGAAGUUCUGGAUUUUCAGCAUCAUCAUCAAGCCGCUGUUUGAGUCCUUCAAGGGGAUGGUGUCCACCAGCAGUCUGGAAGAGCUGCACCGGACAGCACUGUCCUGGCUGGACCGGCACUGCUCCCUGCCCAUCCUCAGGCCAACGGUGCUGAAUACCCUCCGGCACCUGAGCACCACCACCUCCAUUCUGACAGACCCGUCCCAGCUGCCGGAGCAGGCGGCCGAGGCUGUCACCAGAAUUGGCAAGAGAUCGGGGGAGUCUUAGCAGCGCCUGGCGGGCACGUGGCCGUGCCUGAUGCCGUGAGGCUCUUCCCUGCGUGUGGAGAGAAUGCUGCACCCCAUGCCUCUCUUGAUGCAGCGCUCAGGGCCCCCCUCCAACUCCACUGGCCCACUGGGCCGCUCAGAAUACUGCGCUCAGGUCUGAAGCAGGUUCGGGUCCUGCCAACAGCAAUAGCCCAUCUUUGGGAACCCCUUGCUGUGAACUCUCACUCAGCGACCUCAGUUGUGACCUCCCCUGCCCUCAGGCAGCCCAGUCCUGUCCUGCUGGCGGUCUGCGGACCCAUGGUGCACAGCAGAUGGGAGUAGAUGGGACAAAAGGGGCAGUGCCAGCUCCUGUGAGCUAAGAGGCAGAAGGGUUCCUGUCUGGUUCUGUCCUCGGACUUGGAGAUGCUCGCUCCUGUCACCCCGGGCACUCGGACAGCUCUGAGUGACUCCUGGGCCGCUCAGACAUGCUCGCAGGGCAGGUAGAAGGCGUCUUUCUUCCUCCCUCAGACUCUGACCGUGUAAGUAGGUUUGGACGGCUGCUCGGGCUUGCGCAUGGUAGGCUGCCUCCCGCCGCACCAGCCACCAGGGAACCUCAGCACCCGCGUGCAGAAGCGGUAGGCUGGAAUGCACGUGGGACCAGAAGGAAAGCACGAGCAAUGCAAAGCUGCUGCCCUUGGCUUAGAGACCCCCUCAGCGGCACUGUGGUCUGGGAUCACUUUGUUCUGCCUGGUGUUGUGAUGGCCGCACGUGGCUGACCUGAGAACCAUAGCAGGGACACGGCCCUCGCUCUCCACCUGCUUCCAAGCCGCAGCCUCGGAUGAAGCAGCAGCGUUCGGCGUAGCAUCUGAAAGGCCAGACUCUGCGGGGCCGUCAUUGGCCUGGUCAUCUUGUCCGGAUUGUUCAGCCAGGAGCCCCAAACCAUAACAGUUCUCGGACCAAAGAUGUCACCACACCCAAAGUCUGUCCCGUCUUGUGUUUGGAGGAAGAAAUUGAGUGUUGACCGGCAGAACUCUGAGGCAGCCAGUCUUAGAGCUGUCUCUAGGCACCUCCCAGAUGCACAGUGAAGAAUUACACUCCUCUUUGGUCAAGGUGGAGGGAAAGCUGGGGGCCAUGGCCUGGUCCUAACGGGGAUUCCAGCUGGGGGUCCAGGCCCGUCUUCCUGCUGUGCCUGCAGGAGGAGCUGCGGACGGGGGGGGGGGGUCGGCGCUUUCUCUGACACUCAGGAAGCCCAGCCGAUGGAACCUCCUCAUUCACAGAAUGUGCUGCUGAUGUCCUGCUGCGGAGUCCGGAGGGCCAGCAGACUUCCCAUUCGACCUCUGGCCUCCCUGCCAGAGAUGGAGCCUGGGCAGUGCUGGGUGGACCAGGAAUCUCGGGGCGAGGUUUGUGGGGGCUCUGAGGGCUGCUUCCUGAAGCCUGGGUCCAUCCGGAGGCUCCCACUGGUUCCCGGAGGCCCACUGGAAGUGCUCAGGGGGCAGCCAGCCCUGCCUCAGCCCCAGAGAUGGAGGGUGGGGGGGUGUCCUCUCCCCGCUGCCGGCCAUGCCGCCGUCUCUGCUGCGGCUCAGCGACCAGUCGCCUGCUCCCGUAUCUGUGCUUCAGCCCCAUACAAGAGCAGCUUGGCGGCUCCCCUCAGCCUCCCCCAGAGAAAACGUGUUUACAGGCUUUCCAGAUCACUUCCCUGGGGGGCGAGCACAGCACAGGGCAGGGCUCAUCCUUAAUAUCCACUGGGAGGUGGUAAGAGAACUCGCCCUACCCCAGGAUGGCCGUGUGUCUCCCUUCAAAAGGGGGAAGACCACCACGGUAAGAACUCAUUAGGGUCAAAAGGAAAAACACAAGUUGUCCCCAGCGAUGAGGGCUCGUGGAGGGUCAUGAGCUCAGUCCCUUCCACAGUUCCUGUGCCUUUGUAAACCGCGUGGAUGGCUGCAGUGCUUGGUCUGCCAAGACCUCUCCUGAAUUAGCAGCCUUCCGCGCACCCUGUGCUGGGGUGUUUGUUUGUUUUUUUUUUUUAACUCCAUGGGGUAUAAAAUUGGCCUCCUGCUUCUUCGGCCUACCUCUCCUUUUCUCCCUUUUGCUGAAUUAAUGUUCAUGAUUCUGUUCUGUUGAAUAUUU